GUUAUUAUUUUUGAACAGCUGAAUGAACUUAUCGUGGGUGACACCAGUGGAAAGCUGCAUGUGUACAAGAACGAUGAGUCCAAGCCUUGGAUCACUAGAGCAUGUGUGGGCAUGCUCACCUGUGUUGGUGUUGGAGACAUCUGCAACUACGGAAGGAAAUGUGUAGUUGCUGUGGGUGCAGAAGGAUGGUUUCACCUGUUUGACCUGUCUGCAGUGGCAGGAGCCAAGUCAGAUUCAUCCAGCCAGCAGGAGGCGCUGUUCUCUAAUGACCAGAAACCCUGCUUCUCUCAGCACAUUUCUGCCAGCACCAAAGUCAUCCUUAUUAGUGACAUAGAUGGGGAUGGGCGCAGUGAGCUUGUAGUGGGAUACACAGACCGUGUGGUGAGAGCGUUCUGCUGGGAGGAGCCUACCGAUUCUUCAGACCUGAGCUCUGGACAGCUGGUCCUGCUGAAGAAGUGGCUUCUGGAGGGACAGGUGGACAGCCUGUCAGUAAACCCAGACCUAGAGGGUCUUCCUGAACUGAUGGUGACCCAGCCUGGUUGUGGCUUUGCCAUCCUGCUGUGCACAUGGACGACACAACAGGGCUCCUCUGAGGCGGGGCCUGGGGAGGAGGCUCCACCCACUCCUGGCACACUGAAACUGAUGGACAGUUCAGAGCAGUUGAGGUGCUCAGUGCAGGUGGAUCACCAGCUUUUUGCUCUGCAGAAGCUGGACAUCACAGGCGACGGCAGAGAGGUGGUGGUGGCGUGUGCCUGGGAUGGUCAGACCUACAUCAUCGACCACAACCGCGUGGUGGUGCGCUUCCAGUUUGACGAGAACGUCAAUGCUUUCUGUGCAGGUCAGUACACCUGUAAGGAUGGCAAGAACAGCCCCUGUCUGGUGUACGUCAGCUUCAACCACAAGAUCUAUGUGUACUGGAGGGUGGAGCUGGAGCGCAUGGAGCCCACCCAUCUCCUUAGGGUCCUGGAGGAGAGGCCAGAGUUCAAGGCCCGGCUGGAGCAACUGGGAGUGGGUGGUGGGAACGGGCCAUCUCCAGAUUGUCGGGAAUGUUGAUUUAUGCUGACUGGCCUUGACUUCGUGCUGAUAACGCGAGGGCUCAAGAGCUAGAGGGGCCCUCUGUUUGUGAAAUGGAACGUUUGGAAAACGCUGACGUCAUUUUCAGUUUAUAACCUGUGGAAAUGUGUGUAAGCAUUUAGUACUCUCUGGAAUAAAACGCUCUUACCUGGCUUUUAA